AUGGCCGCCACCGAACAAGACAUCCAAUCCGGUAAAAUGAGCCGCUGGUACAAACCCGACCUCGACAUCAACCAGAGCUUUCGAGAAAUCUUGGAGAAAUACAGCGGUAUUCCGCCAGAUCAGGUCCUGUCUCAUAUCAAUGCCGUGAGAGACAAAGCCUGGGCCAUCCACCCCUACCCCUGCGUAGGACAAGGGCAAUUCCUCUCACCCACGACCGCCCAACACGCGCUCUACCCGGAAAUCGUGCAACGCCUCCAGACCGGGGAGGAGAAAUUCCUCGAUCUCGGAUGUGCGUUUGGGCAGGACAUUCGUCGGCUCGUGGUGGAUGGCGUGGACAGUGCGAAUUGCUACGGCUCCGACCUCCUCCCGGAUUUCAUCGACUUGGGGUAUGAGCUCUUUCAAGAUAAGGGAAAACUGCAGACGAAGUUCUUCGCGGGGGAUGUUUUCGACGAGAGCAGUGCGUUGGGGGAGUUGAACGGGACGGUGGAUAUCAUCUCCGCGAAUGCGUUUUUCCAUCUCUUUAAUUGGGAUAUGCAGAAGAAGGCCUCGCUGCGCGUCGUGAAGUUAUUGAAGCCGAAGGAGGGAAGUUUGGUCGUUGGACGGCAGCUGGGGAAUCAGAAGCCUGGGGAGCAGAGUCGCUGGACGAAUCAAGGGACGGCGUAUCGGCAUGAUAUGGCGUCUUUGCAGAGGUUUUGGGAUGAGGUGGGCGAGGAGGUUGGAGCGAGGUUUCGGGUGGAUGGGUUUGAGCAGAUCGUGGAUGAGCUGAGGAAUAAGGCAGGUGAGUCGACGUUGACGUGGAUGGAGUUUAGUGUGAGGAGGAUGUCGUAG